AUGGCAAGAGCCAAGUUUAGUGAGACACGAGCGACUAUUGGAAGUCACAGGAAAGGAAAGAAGCACCACAAGAAAAAGAGUCAUUCAAAUAGCAAGAAGCGUAAACACGAUGAAGAGCAAACACAAGACAGCAAAGAUAAAAUAGCAAAGCGCACAAGACACGACCCCAAUAUACCCGAAGAAAACCAGGAGAAAAGAAAAAGCGAGCGACGAGAACGUGGCCAGUCUGAUCAGUCGGGGUCGAGUCAAAGUGAUGCGAAAAGUACAUUAGCCAGUACAGACGCAAACAGAGGUGAGAAGAAAAUAUAUAAGGAGAAAGAGAAAAGGAAGGAUGCUGCAGAGAAAUCUGAAAAAGGCAAUGAUAAGAAUAAGAGCCGUCGGGAAAUUAAGGACUUUAAAGGGAUCAAACGAGAAGAAUUAGAUGAUGAACCGGACAAGUCUGUAGUGAGCAGUGAGCAGAACAAAUCCAAAGAUAAAAUCAAAAAGAUUAAACAAGGAUCGGAUGAUAGACCGGACAGGUCUGAGCAGAAUAAAUCCCGAGAUAAAAUCAAAAAGAUUAAACAAGAAGAAUCGGACGAUAAACCGGGCAAGACUGUAGUGAGCUGUGAGCAGAAUAGGUCCCAAGAUACUUGGAACGAUUGGUACUCAGCAACCUUCAAUGGAGAUGAUGAGAGGAAGGAUAAAUUCCUUCGCCUAAUGGGAGCCAAGAAACAGGCCAAAGAUACCAGUGUUGAAUCCACAACAUCAGGAAAAAAAGGACUUUAUGGAUCUUUAAUGACGUCAAAGUCUGCUAUCGAUUCGAACGUGUCUAGUAGGGUAAAUGAAGAUCUUGAGAAACAGUUCAUGGAUGGGCUUAACAGAAGAAUGCAAGCCGGAAGGAAUUCUGGAUUGGGAUUUGAGUGA